AUGGGUUCGCGUGAUUGUGAUCUCUGUAGAAAAUUUGAGUCAGGUAGUUCAAAAAGGAAACGAGCUAUCAAAAAAAAGCAGGUGCCGCCGCGAUCAAAAAGUAAAAUCAGUGAGGAUGAAUUAACUACAUCAUUGUCUCUUAGGUCACCGGUGCCACCAUCAACGCUAUCCAGUCAAGAACACGAAUCUGAGCCAGAUUCUAUGUCUACAUCCAUGACUGCUGGAAUGGAAAGUUUGAAUCAAAAUUACUGCGGUUUGUGGCCCAUAACAAUUACUGAUGUAGACCGAACUGAGAUUGUAUUAAAAAAGAUUCGAGUGAGACAAGCGGCAACUUUAUAG